AGCAUUUUGUGUUGUGUUGAUAGUUCUCCUUUAUCCUGUCUAAGCUUGAAAAAGGAUAAACAAACAUGGCGGCACUUGAAUCAUCACUAAACCUCUCAUACUUCCACAUCUCAUCUUCUCCAAACCCACAAUUACAAUUCCCCACGAAAUCAAAUCUUGCAAUCCGACUUCCCAUUUCUACCCCCAAAAUCAUCUUUAAAACGCCCCUUCCAAUAUCAGCCAUCCAACAAGAACUUUCAGUAGCAGAAGAACAUGAAGAAGAAGAACAGCAACCCCAGAAAGAAGAUAACAAAAGGAAGCUUUUUGUUCUCAAUCUUCCAUGGUCUUUCACUGUUGUUGAUGUCAAGAAUUUCUUUGGUGAAUGUGGAAAUGUAGCAGAUGUUGAGAUAAUAAAAAGGGAGGAUGGGAAGAGAGGAUUUGCGUUUGUUACCAUGUCAUCUGGAGAUGAGGCUCUGGCUGUAAUCAAGAAGUUCGAUUCCCAUGAACUGUUGGGUAGGAUUAUCAAGAUUGAAUAUGCAAAGCAGUUCAAGAAACCUACGCCUCGAUCUCCCGGUUCGCCACACUCGAGCGAGACAUGCCAUAAGUUGUUUGUGUCAAAUCUUGCAUGGAAAGUUAGGGCUUCAAAUCUUAAACAAUUCUUUGUCGAUUUCAACCCUGUUUCCACCAGGGUAGUUUUUGGCCCAUCAGGAAGCUCUGCUGGAUAUGGGUUUGUCUCAUUCGCGUCAAAAGAAACAGCCGAAUCCGCUGUAUCAACCUUGAACGGGAAGGAAUUGCUUGGGAGGCCUAUUAUUUUAAAAUUUAGCGAAAAGUCUAGUGAUAAUUCUGGAAUUAAUGCGGAAAUCAAAACCCCCUUUGACGAACAACAUGGCGAAUUGUAGAUUAUCCGGUUGAGUGUAACUAGUAUAAGAAGCAGUGAAGGUUUUGUAUUCUAUUAGUGAUGUCGAUUUUUAAGAUUUUUGGUUUGGAUAUCGGGCUCAAGUGAGAUUAAUCAUAUGAAUUAAGUGUUGUUUAGAAUUGUAAACCCACCAAAUAAACCCUUUCACCAACUUAUUUAGAA